UAAAUGCUAAAGAUGGUCAUUUGAAGACGAUUCUUGGUUGUUUUGAUCAUGAACUAUUUGUCAAGGCAGAUCUGAUAGUUGUUUCCCCAGGAGUUCCUCUGGAAAAUUAUUGUCUAGCAUGUUUGUUGCAAUCUGGGAAGCGUGUCAUAUCUGAGUUAGAUUUUGCUGCUGAAGUACUUCCACGGUGCACAAAGGUUUAGGCUAUCACUGGAACUAAUGGAAAAUCUAAUGUGGCCACUUUCGCUGGACAGAUGCUCAGCCAUUUGAACAUUAGAACUUUUGUUGGUGGAAACCUCAGUAUUCCUCUCUCAGAAGCAGCUUUCGAGUGCUUGUCAUCACCUCAAAAACCUUUCCAGGCUGCUGUAGUGGAAGUAAGCAGCUAUCAGCUAGAAAUUCCGAACAAGUUCUUCUGCCCUUCGGUUUCUGUUAUCUUAAAUCUCACUCCUGAUCACCUAGAGAGACACAAGUCCAUGAGGAAUUAUUCCACGAUCAAGUGCCGUGUCUUUUCCCGCAUGAGUGGCAGAAAGAUGGCCAUUCUUCCCAUGGGAAAUCCAUAUAUAACUGAUGCAAUUGCGUGUCAUGCAAAUGAAUGUAUGUUUGCUUGGAUCGGUGGUUAUCCUGGUAUUGAAGUUGACAUGGAGCAGAAAGUAGCAAACUUCAAUGUCCCUGGAAUGGAGCUUCUCUCGCAGCUACCAUUGGAUGCAUUGCAGGCCGUUGGAACACACAAUUACUACAAUGCUGCUAUUGCUGCAUUAUCUGUUAUCGGGCUGGACGUUGAAAUUGAUAUUGCAGCCAUCAGCUCAACAAUUGAUAAAUUAAAAGCUCCACCUCAUAGAGUGCAAAUUGUUCAUGAAGAUCGUCAUGGAGUAACUUGGGUGGAUGAUAGCAAGGCAACCAACGUCGAAGCAACAUAUGCUGGCUUGAUGGGCCUCACAGAAAAGAAGUUGGUAGUUUUGCUCGGAGGUCUUUCAAAGAUCUUGGACGCCCAAGGUUCUAAUGGUUUCGAGCAGCUGAUAGAGCUGUUGAAGUACCACCGAGGUGUUGUCACUUUUGGUUCUUCAGGAGCGCUGAUCAAACACACUCUAUCGUCUCACAGUCUCAGCAUUCCUUGUUUAGGAGCAAAAGAUCUCAAGGACGCUGUGAGCUUAGCAAAGAACAUGGCAAAACCAGGGGAUGCCAUUUUACUGAGUCCAGCUUGUGCUAGUUUUGAUGAGUUCAGAAAUUUUGAGCAUAGAGGGAAGUUCUUUCAAGAGCUUGCUCUUGGGAUCAUCGAGAAUGAGAUUCGUUGGUUAAAUGCUUGAUGAUCCUAGGAUUUUGAUCUAUGUAGAUUACAGAAUCAUAGUUGCUCCUACCUUAUUUUUCUGCAAGAAAAGCCAUGUUUUGGUUUCCUUCUAUCUCUCCACCAACGUCUAUUCAAUUGCUCGUCUUUGCAAUUUGAAUUCUAGGAGAUGCUGAAUUUACUAAAAUGCCCCUAGUAAUAAUAUCCGCAGAUUCUCUGAAAAA